AUGGAGGCGCGGCACCUCCUCGCCUUGCUGCCGGCAAGGAAACACCUCCCUCCCCCCAGUCUCUCUUGGGAUGGAGCCGGACCAACCCUUCGGUGGCAGGAGAGCCACCUCCCACCCCUCCUCUGCCAUGCCCGGGGGCUGCUGCCGCUGCCCACAGGUGCGGCUCGGAGCCGGGGCGGCGGCGGGCGGGCGGUGCGUGUUCGGGGGGUGUCAGCGGGGCAGCGAUCCUGCGCGGAACGCGGCGGCCGUCCCCCGGGGAGCGGUGUGGAGGGACGGCGCCUGCUCCUGAGUCAGCAGCGGGAGGAGGCGGGCGGCACUCCGCCGCCCUCCCCGGCCCCGCCGAGCGCCCCGGCCCCGCUCCCAGCUGCCGGUGCUGAGCGCCCGCGGGAGGAAGGGGGCGGCGGGGCCGUGCCGGCUCCUGCCCUCCUUCGCCGCCAGAUCUCCUUAUGGUUUGCUCAGGUUUCUCCAGAAGCAUCAACCCACACCUGCAAAUGGUACCUCUGCUGCAUAAGGAUGCCUCAAAAUAUUUUUUUGGUCAAGCAUCCAUUUAGGAUCCUCAGGGUGGGGGGGAGCGGUGAGUUUGGCUAA